GUCGGUGCGAGCGCAGCUUCCGGGACAGCUCCACCAUGGCAUGCUCGUGGAGCGCGUGGCGGCGCGGCUCCGUGUUUGCCGCGCGGCUCGGAAAGCAGCACUGGGCGUGUCGUUGUGCGGGCCUGUCAGCCCGGUCAGCCCGGUUCUACAGCACCAAGACGGCCCCGCAGAGACCCGCCAUGGACUACCAGGAGGCCGUGUGCACGCUGAACACUCUGCAGACCAACGCCAGCGUUCUGCAGCAGGUCCGACGGGAGCGCAGCCAACCGGAGCAGCUGCAGGUCAUGAGGGGCUUCCUGGAGCGGGCCGGGCUCACCGUGGAGCAACUGGACCAUCUCAACAUCGUCCAUGUGACCGGAACCAAGGGCAAGGCCUCUCAUGUGUUUCAGGGAUCAACGUGUGCCUUCACCGAGCAGAUCUUGAGAAGUUAUGGCUUCCGCACAGGAUUCUACAGUUCUCCUCAUCUGGUUCAAGUCAGAGAGCGGAUACGGAUCAACGGACAGCCCAUUGGAAAGGAGCUCUUCACCAAAUACUUCUGGCAGGUUUACGGUCGGCUGGAUGAGAGUAAGGACGCCUUCGGAGGGACGAUGCCUGCUUACUUCCGUUUCCUCACCAUCUUGGCCUUCCAUGUGUUCCUUCAGGAGAAGGUGGACGUGGCUGUGGUGGAAGUUGGGAUCGGGGGGGCGUAUGACUGCACCAACGUUAUCAGGAGGCCGUGGGUCUGUGGCGUCUCCUCUCUGGGGAUAGACCACACUCAGAUUCUUGGAGACACCAUUGAAAAGAUCGCCUGGCAGAAAGGUGGCAUCUUCAAGUCGGGGGUUCCUGCCUUCACGGUGAAGCAGCCAGAAGACGCCAUGGCGAUGCUGAGGAGCAGAGCCUCAGAGAUGAGCUGUCCUCUGUGGGUGUGUCCGGAGCUGGAGGACUACCAGGCAGACUGUGGACCUCUGUGUCUGGGCCUGGCCGGGCAGCACCAGCGCUCCAACGCCUCCCUGGCCCUCCAGCUGAGUCACGCCUGGCUGCAUAAAAGAUGUCUACCAGAUCAGAGCUGCCCCUCCCCCGGCCAGCAGGACGCAGAGCUGCGUCUGGCGGCGCCCUUCAAGCCCAGCGCCAUCACGCUGAGAGGUCUGGCGGACACCGAGUGGCCCGGCAGGAACCAGACCCUGAAGCACGGAGCCGUGUCCUACUUCCUGGAUGGAGCGCACACCAUGCGCAGCAUGCAGGCCUGUGUGGCCUGGUUCAGAGAGACGGCCGCGCAGCAUGAACACACCGCACGGGGGCCCGUGGCCAGAGUGGUGCUGUUCAAUGCCACCGGAGAGAGAGACUCUGCCGCCAUGCUGAAGCUGCUGCUGCCGUGUCAUUUUGAUUUUGCCGUGUUCUGCCCAAACAUCACUGAAGACAUCGCGUCCUGCGACGCAGACCAGCAGAACUUCAACGUCUCGGUGGAGAACAUGUUGACGCGCUGCCUGGACAACGAGAGGAGCUGGCAUCUCCACAAAGGUCCUCAGCUGCUCAUCGAAGGCCUGGACCCGGUCCCUGAAAGGAAGACCGACACCCUGGUCUUCCCCUGCAUCCUCAGCGCCCUCCAGUGGAUCACCCAGGGCAGAGACCCGGUGCUGGCCGGCUCGGCCAAGAGGGACUUCCCCGUGAAAGCCAGCAUCCGGGCCAAAGCGGCUCCGCUGUGCGACGCGGCCGAGAUCCACAUCCUGGUCACCGGGAGCCUCCACCUGGUGGGAGGAGUCCUCAAACACCUGGACCCGGCGUCCUCCAGGUGAACGACCACGUCGACUUCAAACGGUUUACAUGUUGCUUUGUGGAAGAAAUCUGAGGACAGUGACUUCAGGUGUGUACCUGAGUGGGAUUAGCUCCCCCCGGGUAUCCGAUGCUAAGCUUCACCCAGAGCCUUACAGAUGAACAUCUCUCGUCUUACUUGACGCCAAAUCUGUUUCCGUGGACUGCGGCGCGUACGUUGCCUUCACUGACGCCACGAGCUCGGGGCUCGUUUUUACAAUAUUACAUUAAUUGCACAAAAACAGCUUCAUGGAGUUGAGUUUUUUGGUUAUCUACUUGUAACUCUAAACAUUUCCUUUCAUUUGGCCUUGACUCUUCUGUUUCAUACACGUUUCGUUGUCUUGACGUGUACAUCCCGUAACGGUGUUACCAGAUGGAUACGGGCGACUAAAUCUAAUUCUAUAUAUAGUAUUUAAAUGACCCUAACAUACAGUUAUUGUACCAUUUUGAAAGAUAUUAAAACUAUAAAGUACUCGGCCUAAUGUGUACCUAUGUAUUUGAGUCUUAUGUUGUCAUGGCGACUCCAUGUGAGGUCAUGAGUUUGAAUGGAAGUUCAUUCACAUCCAUCCUGUGACCUCAGCUGAGUUUAACCUCCAAAUCAAGAAGAAAAUGCACUUGAAUGGAACUUGUCACUUUCUUUAAAAUGAGUCAAUAAAAUCUAGAUAAUGAAA